AUGUUACACUUCACUAAGAGGCAGCUGGAUUUAAACAGUCAUGAGCUGCUGGCUAUCCAUCUGCAACUGACAGAAGUACUCUUGGAAGUAGAUUGGGAGUGGAUUGAUGUGGCCACCACAGCACAACAGGUGUCAUCACAAAAGAAGACCACAGAGGUACAGAAAGGGAAGUUCACACAGCUAUCUCAACAACAAUGCAGUGCAGAAAGAAAAUCAACAGAACGAACUGUCAUCAACAUGACAGAGAAAGAGAUCGAUGCGGGUGCCAUUUCGGCACUUAAGAAAGGUCUUAACUUCGCACCAGCACCUCGGAGCAUCCCUAUCUGUGACAUCAUAAGUGGGGUUAAACAAGCAAUCUGCAAGAUUCCUAGUGAGAGUGUAGACAAAAUUCAUGGCAAAAUUUGUUGUAUCAUUUCAAAAUCUAAACCACUGAGGUCUAACUUGACUAGGGCUGAACGCAAUGGUUUUCACACACUCCGCAAUGACUCCCUCGUCGUGGUUCUGUUGUCAGCACCGUUCACAAGGCAUGUGUUGGUGGUGAACUGGGAAAUAAAGUGUAAUUGUCUGAACCUCUGCAUCAAGCAGUUGGAGGACAGGUUGGCAAUUGACUCUGUCUUCUGGGAAGAACUUGAUGGCCUCAUGGGCCAUCCAGAGCUACUGGCCAUAUGCUGA